GUCAGUCCUCGGGCUCAGCUUUAUAGGGGGAGGUCUGCGGCCAGCAAUCCUAUCCUUGCGCCUCUGGGAGCAGUCCGUUCCAGGCCGGGACUCGGGAUCCUGCCUGUCAGCCCUGGGUGCAGGAAUCGCUUUUGGGGGGCCAAGACCCUUCCAGAGGUGGUUGCUUCACACUCUGAUUCUCGUAGCUCGGGGAGUUUUCAUUUCUUUGGUGACGUGGAGGGUCCAGGCUCUUUUUCCUUCUGUUUCUGUCUCUGGAUGUUGUCUCAAUGUCUUGCUGUCUCACAGGCAUCGAUUUCUCGUUGGUCUCUUCUGCCUUGCUUGGGCUGGCUGGGGUCAGCACCUUCUCUCCUAAGUUCUCAGGUGGAAGAAGUCACUUGCUCUUGUUUCUCAUUGGAUUUCCUGAUUCUCCUUCAGUCUGGUCUGAACUUGAGAGUUUGGCCAGAAAAGGUGUAGGGAAGCUGGGUCAUCUGCCUCCAUUCAGCCCUGUGUUCUUCCUCAAGAGGAGUGACCUUUGGAAAGGAACAAAUGGCCCCUGUGCUGAGAGCCAGGGCCCAACAGGAGCCAGUGACCUUCCAAGAUGUGGUGGUGGUCUUCACACAGGAGCAGUGGGCUUACCUGGACCCUUCUCAGAAGGAGCUGUAUCGCGACGUGAUGCUGGAGACCUACCACAACCUGCUCUGCCUGGGACUGGCCGCAUCCAAGCCAGAGGUGAUCCACCAACUGGAGCAAGGAGAGGCACCUUGGAGGCCAGAGGGGGGAGUCCCAAUGAGCAGCUGUCUGGAUUGGGAGACUAGGUUUGAAAACAAGGAUUCAUCUCCAAAACUGGAUAUUUCUGUAAAGCAGUUCUUCCAGGACAGACUCACAAAGGAUGGUCUCUGUGUUUCCAGCUUGAGAGAAGCCUGGAACUAUGAUGUCAGAUUAGAAAGGCAGCAGAGGACAGAGAAUAAAAAUUCCCAGCAAGUAAAUGCCACCCAAAGGAAAGCUCCUAGUAAAGUGAUGGGUUGUGCAAGUGAUAAAUAUGUCCAAAGUAUCAGUUUGGAACCAAAGCUUUUUGCACAACAUAAAAUAUCGCUAGAACAGGAUCUUCCCAAAUACAGUGUAGACAGAGAGUGCUUCAUUUUAUCUUUAGAACCAAGGAAAGAUCAUAAAAUUAGCUCUAGGGAGAUAGUUUCUACAUCUAAAUCAGACUUUAUUGCAUAUCAUGGACUUGAUUCUGGAGAGAAACCUGGUGAGCCUAAUGAAUGUGGAAAAGCCAUCUUCCUAAGCCCAACUGUCAGUUCCCAUCAGAAAGUUAUUAUUGGAGAGAAAACCCACAAAUGUAAUCAAUCUGGGAAGGCUUCCUCCAAAACUAUAGAAUUAAAUGAAAUUCAGCAAGUUCACAAACGAGAGACACCUGACUAUAGCGAACAUGGGAAACCUUUCAACCACAACUCAUUCCUUCCUUCCCAUCCAAAAAUUUACCCUGAGACGAAAUCUUAUGAAUUUUUGAAGUCCUUCCUCCAGGGUUCACAACUUCCUCGUCACCAGAAAAUUCAUAAUGGAGAAAAGCAUUAUGAAUGUAAUGAAUGUGGGAAGACCUUCAGCCAGAGAGGAUACCUUCCUGGACAUCAGAGAAUUCAUACUGGAGAGAAGCCUUACGACUGUAAGGAAUGUGGGAAGGCCUUCCGCCUAAGAGAACACCUUACUCGACACCAGAGGAUUCACACUGGAGAGAAACCUCACAAAUGUAAUGAAUGUAGGAAGGCCUUCCACCUCAGCACAGAUCUUACUCGACAUCAGAUGAUUCAUACUGGAGAAAAACCUCAUAAAUGUAAUGAAUGUGGGAAGGCCUUUAGCCAGAGAGGACAUCUUACUGUCCAUCAGACAAUUCACACUGGGGAAAAACCUUAUGAAUGUAAUGACUGUGGAAAGGUGUUUCGCCUCAGAGGUCUUCUCACUAAACAUCAGACAAUCCAUACUGGAGAAAAACCUUAUGACUGUAAUGUAUGUGGAAAGGCCUUCCACCUGAGAGAACAACUUACUCGACAUCAGGGUAUCCAUACUGGAGAGAAGCCUUAUGAAUGUAAGGAAUGUGGGAAGGCCUUCUACCUGAGCACAGAGCUAACUCGACAUCAAAGGAUUCAUACUGGAGAGAAGCCUUAUGAAUGUAAGGAAUGUGGGAAGGCCUUCCACUUGAAUACAGACCUAAUUGGACAUCAGAGGAUUCAUACUGGAGAGAAGCCUUAUGAAUGUAAAGAAUGUGGGAAGGCCUUCCAUCUGAAAGCACACCUUUCUCGACAUCAAAGAAUCCAUACUGGAGAGAGGCCUUAUGAAUGUAGUGAAUGUGGAAAGGCCUUCCACCUGAGCUCAGAUCUUACUCGACAUCAAAGGAUUCAUACUGGAGAGAAACCUUAUGAAUGUAAGGAAUGUGGGAAGGCUUUCCUACUGAGUACAGAUCUUACUCGACAUCAGCGGAUUCAUACUGGAGAGAAACCUUACGAAUGUAAUGAAUGUGGGAAGGCCUUCCACCAGAGAGAAUACCUUACACGGCAUCAGCGGAUUCAUACUGGGGAAAAACCUUAUGAAUGUAAGGAAUGUGGGAAGGCCUUCUGCCUGAGAGAACAGUUUACUCGACACCAAAGGAUUCAUACUGGAGAGAAACCUUAUGAAUGCAAAGAAUGUGGAAAGUCCUUUCGCCUAAGAGAACUCCUUACUCUACAUCAAAGAAUUCAUACUGGAGAGAAGCCUCACAAAUGUAAUGAAUGUGGAAAGGCCUUUAGCCAGAGAGGACAUCUUACUGUACAUCAGACAAUUCAUACUGGGGAAAAACCUUAUGAAUGUAAUGACUGUGGGAAGGUAUUUCGCCUCAGAGGACUUCUUACUAAACAUCAGAUAAUUCAUACUGGAGAAAAACCUUAUGAAUGUAAUGAAUGUGGAAAGACCUUUAGCCUGAAAGGACACUUAACUCGUCAUCAGAGUAACAAAAGGCAUCCCUUCCUUAUAAACUGACCUAGCUGGGACUCUUGGGGCUUGUAUAAAGAGCUAUAUUGUGGAGAUAAAAAAUAAAGCAACUAAACAACUGGAGCAU